AAAAAAUCUAACGUGUUUGGCGUUGGAGGUCGCGAUUUUCAGAACGAUUUAAGAACAUUCGUGAAUUUAUAAGCGCGUCUUAGAGUUGACCGUAUUAAGUGAUGAAAGCGCAGUCCUGCAUCAAGUUUCACCUCGGUGAAGCAGAACACACCGUGAACCCUAACGAUGUCACCCCAGAAACCACCCUUAACGUUUACCUCAGGGAACAUUUUCACCUCACUGCUACUAAAAAGAUGUGCAAUGAGGGUGGAUGUGGCUCGUGUAUUGUGGCUGUGGAAGAAAUUGAUGAAGAUGGAAAUAAAAAAGUUUUUGCCGUUAAUUCUUGCUUGGUUUCUAUAUUCUCUUGCCAUGGCUGGAAAAUCUUGACCAAUGAGGGCAUCGGCAAUCCCACUAAUGGAUACCAUGACAUCCAAAAGCUCUUGGCUGAUAAUAAUGGAAGUCAAUGUGGCUUUUGCUCAUCUGGAAUGGUAAUGAACAUGUAUGCCCUUCUGAAAUCUGGAAAAAAGCUAACUAAGAUGGAGAUUGAAGAUUCCUUUGGGGGGAAUUUGUGUCGUUGUACAGGUUACAGACCAAUUUUAACUGCUUUUAAAAAGUUGGCAAUGGAUGCAGAUAUGGAUAUUGUGGAUUUGGAGGACUUGAAGGUUAAUUGUGAUAGAAGUAAGUGCUUUAACAGUUGUCCUAAGGGGUGCAAGAGGGAGCCAAUUAUGAUUGAGUAUAACCAAGGAAAGUCGCAAUGGGUGAAGAUGUAUAAUUUGGAGGAUUUGCUGGAAAUUUUGGAAACUUCUGGGAAUAAAAAGUAUAUGUUGGUGGCAGGGAAUACAGCAAGAGGUGUUUUUUGGCCUAUUGAUGACUACAGUGCCGAUCUCUACAUAGAUGUAACAUCAGUAAUUGAAUUAACCUCUUAUAAUCCAACCCCAAAUAAUUUAGUGCUGGGAGCAAACAUUACUUUGACAUCAGCAAUGCAAAUCUUGAGAAAAGUGGCUAAAAUAUACACCCAGUUUAUUUAUUUGAAUAAAAUGGCAGACCAUAUAGACCUAGUGGCCCAUGUGCCAGUAAGAAAUAUUGGUACAUUGGCAGGUAAUCUGAUGAUGAAACACAAACAUAAUGAGUUUCCUUCAGAUAUUUUUUUAAUUUUGGAAACUGCAAAUGCGGUUUUGGUUAUUGUUGAUCUGGAUAAAAAUGAAAUUAGAGUUUCUCCUGAGAACUUUUUGAAAAUUAACAUGCAUCAGAAGGUCUUAAAACAGAUAAUUUUGCCACCAUACAAGUCUACAGUGGCUGAUAAUUUUUACUAUACAACUUACAAGAUAAUGACAAGGGCUCAGAAUGCCCAUGCCAUAGUAAACGCCGGAUUUCUCUACAAAUUGAGCCCUGCAGGCGAUGUACAAUUCGCCCGAAUAGUUUAUGGCGCAAUCAAUCCAACGUUCGUUCAUGCUUCUAAAACAGAAAACUACUUGCAAGGGAAAAAACUGUUUGAUAACGGUGUCUUGCAGACCGCAUUUAAACUCUUAGAUCAGGAAAUUACUCCCGAUUGGGUACUUCCCGAUCCCUCUCCCGUUUUCAGGAAAAAACUCGCCAUAAAUCUCUUUUAUAAGGGUGUGCUGAGUAUUGCUCCCACUUUUAAAAUCUCUGAGAGGAAUCGAAGUGGGGCGUCUUUGCUUAAUAGACCAGUUUCAAGCGGGACUCAGCAGAUUUGGAGCAAUAAGGACCUUUAUCCUCUUACACAACCCGUUACGAAGAUAGAGGCUUUGGCUCAAACUUCAGGCCAAGCCGAGUACAUCCUGGACAAGCCGGAUCUCCCAGGCCAACUGCACGGGAUACUAAUAAAAGCCCAAUCCACCCCCGGUUCCGUAAUCACCCAAAUCGACCCCACGAAAGCCCUAAAAACCCCCGGGGUGGUGGCGUUUUUCUCCGCCAAAGACAUUCCGGGCCUGAACACCAUCCACGUGGAGUCCCUAUGGAUAAUGGACACCAUCGAGGAGGUGUUUUGCAGUGGUGAAGUGCGAUUUUUUUCUCAGCCAAUAGGGCUCUUGGUGGCCACCACCCACGAAAUCGCUUGGCAGAGUCGGUCUUUGGUAAAAGUGACAGUGACGCCGCCUAUGAAUAAACCGGUUUUAAGUGUCCAGCAGGUCGUCAAGAAUAAUAUGUCUCAGAGGAUUACUCAUAGAACUUCGAUAGUACCUAAAACGCAUGGCUCAGAUGUUCAACGAGUAAUAAAAGGCGAAUCCUACAUAAACACCCAAUACCAUUUCCACAUGGAGAACCAAAACUGUUUGGUUAUCCCCACCGAGGACGGUCUACAAGUUCACGCCGGCACCCAAUGGAUGGAUCACACCCAAGCGGUGAUCUCGCGAGUCCUGAAAAUUCCCUCACAAAAGAUCAGCGUUAUUGUAAGACGUUUGGGCGGCGCAUUCGGUGCGAAAUUAACCAGAAACCCGUUUUGUUCGGCGGCAGCCGCCCUGGCCGCCUGGAAACUCCAAAAACCGGUCAGUAUCUGGAUGAGUUUGAGCGAUAACAUGGAUAUUAUUGGCAAACGGUUUCCGCUUUAUGCCAAAUACGAUGUAGGAGUGAACGCUAAGGGUGUCGUACAGUAUCUUGAGGCGAAUUUAUAUAGUGAUUUCGGAGUGGGAGGUAACGAACCACUCGAUCCCUAUAUUAUCCCGAGCUUCCAGAACUGCUAUAACAGUGACACAUGGACAUUUGAUACUUAUACUGUAAAAACUGACUUGCCGGCCUUCUGUUAUACCAGGGCUCCAGGUACUUUGGAAGGUACGGCCGCCAUUGAAACCAUUAUGGAGCAUAUCGCGUGUGAAAUGAAUCUGGAUCCGUUGGACGUCAGAAAGAUUAAUAUGAACGCAAAGGAAAAUGCCGUUUUGCUUGAUUUUAUCGAUGAUAUGUUGAAGAAUGAUGACGUGGUUAAGAGGAGGAAGAAUGUGGAGCUGUUUAAUAAGCCUUAUAAUCUCGUUCUCCUUCAAAUCGUGUACAAUGGAAUAAUUUCAUUACAAAACAAGGACGAGCAAGAUAUUUUACUGCAAAACAACAUAGAUAUCUUUGAUAUAAAAAGACGACGUGGCAAAAGAAAUGAAGAAGCACUUCAGAGAAAUCCAUCAUUUAGGUAUUUGAUAAAUGUUCCCGGAAAGACUAGAAUCAAUGUUUGUAAAAAAGCAUUUCUUAGUGCCUAUGGUGUCACCGAUGAUAGAAUGCGAAGAAUAUGUAAACUUCGGCUGCCGGCAGUGCUCCCAAAGAUAAGAGAGGCAAAAAAACUCCCGGAAAUGUAAUGCCUAGAGAAAUUGUGCAAAAAAUCCACGAACAUAUUUCCUCAUUUCCUACAAAAAUUGCGCAUUAUACCACCCGUGAAGUGCUUUACCUUAACCCUCGUUUAAAUGUUAAAAUUAUGUGGAAUCUUUUUAUAGAAAAGUACCCAGAUUUAAAAAAUAGGGUCAAAUACAAAUUUUAUAUGAAAAUAUUGAUUUACAGUUUCAACAACCGCAAGUCGACACAUGCUGUACUUGCGAGGAUCUGUCAGUUAAAAUUAAGAGUCCUACCUUAAACGAAAAUGCUAAACGGGUAGCGAUUGCUGAAAAGAUGGUGCAUAAUCGCCGUGCAAAAAAAUUUUAUUCCAAAAUUUCAGAGAUUCAGAAAAAAUGUUCAGAAGAUCAAACUGUUAUGGGUAUUUGCAUGGACUUUAUGCAAAAUUUGCAUCUUCCUGUAAUUCCAGUACAGGAAUCAUUUUAUUUACGACAGCUAACAGUAGAUGUUUUUAAUAUUCAUGAGUUGCGCAAUGAUACUUCUAGAUUUUACAUCUAUUAUGAAGGAGAGGCAAAAAAAGGACCCGAUGAAGUAUGUUCCAUGUUGCUGGAUUAUAUUAAUACAGAAAUUAACCCAUCUGUUAAAGAAUUGUAUGUAUUCUCAGACGGAGCCUGGGGCCAGAAUAACAACCACGCUGUUGUUCGACUGAUGAUGGCUUUGCAAUUAACUGGUAGGUUUCAACGAAUUUUUCAAUAUUUUCCUGUCAGAGGUCACUCUUUCUUGCCAUGUGACAGAGACUUUAGUGUCGUUAAACGGAAAAUUAGACGAACUGAUCAAAUCUACACAAUGAAGGAAUAUGUGUCAUUAAUUGCAAAUUCCUGUUCAAUUCGUGGAAAAUUCACUGUUAAACGUUUACAAACUCAUGAGGUCUUAACUUUUCAAAAAUGGUGGCCAAAGUUCUUUAAGAAGAAUGUGCUCUCUAAUGAGUCAUAUCAAAGAAAAUUACCCAAAGAACUAAAGCAAUCGUUCACUAUCUCUAAAUUCAAUCAAUUUGAAUAUUGUGAAGGAAGUGAACG